AUGUCAUGGCCAAGGUUCUUAGAAGCAGAGAGGUGUAUUAAUAUCUUCCUAAACAUCACAAAUUGGAAAGAUUCUGCAGUGGAAGAAACAUUCCACAAUGCCAAGAAACGUUUUUGGGCCAACAUCAAUGGGUUGGAUUGCGAUAUACCACUGCCCGAUCCGGACAUCCACAAUGAUAUAAUCAACCAGAACAACGAUGAUGUUGAUCCCGAACUCAUCUUGGAUUUAGACUAUGAAUUUGUCGUCCCAAAUGAUCAAGAAGGUGGGGGUAAUCAUUGUGAUCUACAUGAUCCAUAUGCUGGUUACCCCAUUGGUUGGGGUGAUUUGGACGACAUUCCAACAGCGAAAAACAAUGUUGUCGAACCUUUACCCCCAACCGGAUGGAGAGAGGGUUCGAAUGAGCCCAUACCCGUAACUGGGAUUGGCAAGGGCUCGAUUGUUCAAAUACCCACGAUUGGGUGGGGCUACGAUUUCAACGAGCCCAUACCCGCAACUAGGUCUGGAGAGGCUUCGAAAGUGACAAGAUUGGGCGAGUCCUAUAAAUACAUAGUCGCAACUGGAUGGGGCGACGAUAAUAAUUAUGUAACUGAAAAUAUUGAUUAUGGUUCUUAUAAUCACAUAAUUGCAACUGGAUGGUUCUGUGUAUGUUGUAACGGAAUGCAAUAG